AUGGCUCAUCCGCCACGUCCCGGUCCCGGACAGCGACCCCUCGUCGCCACCGAAGGCAUCUCGGACGACGUGCUCGCCAACUCGAUCACCAUCUCGAGGCCCUCAAGGAUGCUGCAAGCGCUGUCGGGGCCGUCCCCUUCCUCGGCGGCAUCAUCGCCACUGCACUCGGAAUCGCGAAGGCCGUCGAGCAAUCGAGAGCGAACACAGACGCGUUCGUCUCUGUCGCUGAGCGCGCGGCCACCCUCGCCGAGUCAUCUUGCUGGAGCUACACAGUCGCCGAUCGGGAUGCAGCGCUCUGGUGAAGGUGCAAGACGCAGUCAACGAGAGCUGGAGAAGGGGCGCUUCAAUCGUUUCUUCCGACGGGCAAAGCUUCACGGGAAGGCGCAGGAAUGCCUACUGAAGCUGGACGAUGCGUGGCGUUCGUUUGACACCGCGAUCCUGGUGCGACUGGAGCGCCAGGUUGAAUCGCUUAAGAGCCAGGUUGAAUCGCAAGCUCCAUUCGAACCCGGCUCCUUGGUACCAUACGUGCCGUUCACAUCGAUACAGAAAGACCGCACGACGACGCAGUACAGAACUAGGACCCACAAUGGUGAACAACGCAGCGGCAUAUGGGACAAUCGUCCGGUGACAGUGCGCAUGUACGACCACAAGUUCAAGGAUAACGUUUUCGAAAGCAUCCAAAUGUACUCUGAGAACCAGUACGCACUCAUAUUUUCGCAGUCCGACCAGGAGUCCCACGAAACUUUGAGCAAUGUGAUCGCUAUGGCUCGCCCUCAGGCCGGAACCCAAUUCUAUGUCCUGGAAGGUGUACGAAGAUCUAUAUUAGCAGACUUCGGUAACAAGGACCCUGUGGUUUGGGUUAGGAAGCUUUAUCAGCAUGCCCACAGAGACCAUAGGCAGCACUUCCUUCCUGAGGCUCCAGUUUUGCACAACUCGGGGUUCAAUUUUGAUGCUCUGGUACAGGCGCGUGACCAUCUCUCUCAUUCCAAUUUCUCCCGUCUCUGGGAUUUCGUCGCCAGACAGAUUAUACCGCUUAACAGCCUAGAAAUCGCUGACAACGAUGCCAAGCCGGGCGACUAUGGCUACAUUACAAAUCACCCCGACGGCCCCCGUUUCGCGUACCUCGGAAAUAUCGAUGAUGUCUUCGAAUCCUCAGUCGAUAUUGACCCCGUUAAAGCACUCAACUUGGUCAAACAACGCAGUCGAGAGGUCAGGAUUGUUCAGCCAUCUGUUUAA